AUGACGCUCACCUGGGCGCUGUACUACCUUUGCAGGCAUGAAACGGUUAGGCAAAAAUUGCAAGAAGAGGUGGACGAAUUUCUGAAAAAUAAAGAAUCUUCAUCGGAAAUGACCGAAGUGCUCACCAACAAGUCAGCUCUAAAGUACCUGGAAGCAGUCCUUAAGGAGACGAUGCGAUUGGCACCGGCUGGGCCUUAUCUAGGUCGAAAGGCGGCGGUUGAUGUGAUCCUGCCAGUAAGUUCUGCGAACUCAGAAGAAAAGGAGUUUAUUACGAUUCCCGCUGGAACCAAUGUCAUCGUCAUGUCGCAGUACAUGCACUACAGUGAGCGGUACUUCAGGGAGGCGGGCAGUUUCAUUCCUGAACGAUGGCUCGAAGUUGAGGGUGAGAUUUGCCUGCCGCCGCCUUGUUACAAUCCCUUCAGCGCCGGAACUCGAGCCUGCAUCGGCGAGAA